GGCUUAGUGGGCUUGAAUAAAGGCCCAUUGGGCAUUGUAUAAGCCUUUUUGGGUCCAAAGUAUUUAGAGGAAGAGCGAAUAUGCGGCCUACUCGUCGUCCAACAUUUUCGUCGAUCAUAAUCAAUAAGUCUUCUCUUCGCCGGCAGAGAGUAAAUUUGCUUGGCUUGGCGGUGGCAUGGAGCUCUGGGUUUGUGUGUGAGUGAGUAGAUCGCGCAAAGAAUCUGAAAAUGGCGUCAACGGAAGGCCUUAUGCCUAUCACCCGGGCUUUUCUCGCUUCUUACUACGACAAAUAUCCUUUCUCUCCUCUUUCCGACGACGUUUCUCGACUUUCCUCUGACAUCGCUUCUCUUAUUCAGCUACUGACCGUCCAAUCUCCCCCUUCACAAGGGGAAACUUCCCUGAUUGACGAAGCAAACCGUCAGCCCCCUCACAAAAUUGAUGAGAAUAUGUGGAAAAAUAGGGAGCAGAUGGAGGAGAUACUGUUUCUUCUGUCACCAUCUCGCUGGCCUGUUCAGCUUCGGGAACCUUCCACAUCCGAAGAUGCUGAAUUCGCUUCUAUUUUGCGGACUCUCAAGGACAGUUUUGAUAACGCAUUCACUGCUAUGAUUUCCUUCCAGACAAAGAAUUCCGAGCGCAUAUUCAGCACUGUUAUGACCUACAUGCCUCAAGAUUUUCGGGGGACGCUCAUCAGACAGCAGAAGGAGAGGUCGGAGAGGAACAAACAGGCGGAGGUUGAUGCGUUGGUUAGCUCUGGAGGGAGCAUACGCGACACAUACGCUCUUCUUUGGAAGCAGCAAAUGGAGAGGAGGAGGCAGUUGGCUCAGCUAGGCUCUGCCACUGGUGUCUACAAAACCCUGGUCAAGUACUUGGUAGGGGUUCCACAGGUGUUGUUGGAUUUUAUUCGACAAAUAAAUGAUGACGAUGGGCCAAUGGAAGAACAGCGAGAACGUUACGGACCCCCUCUAUACAGUCUCACAAAAAUGGUGAUGGCAAUUCGCGUUUUCCUAACACUUCUGUGGGAAAGAUAUGAUACCUUCAAACUGAGUAAAGACCAAAUGAAUCUCCUGUCUGAAGCUGCUAUAGUCUACACAUCGGAGUUUGAAAGAUUCGUCACAUUUAUCAGCGAUGUAUUUGCCAAUUCCCCCUUCUUCAUUUCAGCAGAUACAGCUGGCAUAUUGGGCUCAAGGGAUAAUGAGGAGUACAAGGAGAUAAUCGUCCAAGCUGGGAGAACCUAUGAGAUCUCAUUGAUGGUGGAAUCCGAAAAUUCGUAUAUUGCUUGGGAUUUCUCCUUGAUGCAAGGCAAGAUAAGCAUGGAUAUCGGAUUUAGCUUGGAGUACAUAAGUGCUUCAGGGGAAAAGACUCUGAUAUUACCUUACCGUCGGUAUGAAGCUGAUCAGGGCAACUUCUCUACGCUAAUGGCUGGAAAUUACAAACUUGUUUGGGAUAAUUCAUAUUCAACUUUCUUCAAAAAGACUCUUCGAUAUAAAGUGGAUUGCAUACCACCGGUAGUGGAGCCAGAGCCGGAGCCGUUAAACUGAAAGUGGAAGAUGAAGUUGGAUUUUACAGUCAUGAACACUCAUCAUUUCUUUGUACAAGGAUAAAACUCUAAACCCUUUGAAAGACAUCAAUGGAACUUUAUAAAUAUUUGCUACCAGGAACAUACUAUUUUGUUUGCA